AUGUACUAUUCACUUUUAAAAGUACUUAUUUAUAAAACAUUUUUAAGAAUUUGUUUUGAUCUUUCACGAAAGUUAACAUCGGAAUCACAAUUAACAAGUUUGUUAUUUUGCAAGCAUAUUGAAAGGGUUAACAAAUUUUCUUAUCUCAAGCCUUUGAAAUAUAAUUUGCAAAGGAAAACUGAAAAAUACACUAGAAUAAAUACUAUGUACACUUUAGCAGAAAAUAAUCAUAAAAGCUUAAUUGAUAAUCUUAAAAAUAGAGGAAUAAUUGACGAUGAUGAAGUAUAUGACACAAUGUUACAGGUGGACCGAGGGAAAUACAUAAAAGAAAAUCCCUAUGUGGACACACCAGUGUAUAUUAGUCAUGGUGUUACCAUAUCUUCUCCUCACAUGCAUGCCUUAUCAUUAAAGCGAUUAAUGAAUGUGCUAAAGCCAGGAUCGCGAGCAAUUGAUGUUGGGUCAGGUUAUUUAACGGUAUGUAUGGCUAUAAGAACAAAUGUGCUGGAAAAUAAAAAUUCUUUUGUAAUAGGAUUAGAGAGAGUAAAAGAUGUAGUAAAUUUUUCUAUUGAAAAUAUAAAACGUGACAAACCUGAGUUAUUACAUAUAGAUAAUUUUAAAAUUAUUCACAAAAAUAUUUAUCAAGUAAAUGAACAAGAAAAAGAGGAAUUGGGUUUAUUCGACGCUAUUCAUGUAGGUGCAUCAGCCAGCGAACUUCCAGAGAUUUUAAUUGAUUUAUUAGCAGAAAAUGGUAAAUUGAUUAUACCCUUAGAAGAGGGAUAUACACAAGUUUUAUAUGAAAUUACCAAAAAGAAUGGAAAAAUUAUUAAAGAUAGAUUAUUUGAUGUUUGUUUUGUUACUUUAAAAAAGAAUUAA